AUUAGAGCGAGGAUGAAGAGUUUCCUUUUUUUGCUCCUUGUGGACCGUUGUCUGAUUCUCUAUCGUUUUCCAGACAAGAAAAAAAUAUAGAUUUAUAACUCUUCUGUUUUUUCGAUCACACAAAAGUUUUUAGAAGGGGGAUCAAUAAUGGAUUUUUUUAGAGAGAGAGAAAGAUGGGUAAUGGACGCCAGAGUGUUAGGCAUGCUCGACCUAUGGUUUGCCAUUUUCAAGUUGUUGAAAGAGCUUUCGGAGGUUCUACCAAAGGACUUUUCUACUGCGGAUUCAGCCCGCGAGGUAGUGAAGCUAAAAGCAUUCUUGAAGUUCGAGAAUACCUCACUGCUACUCGGUUGAUCGACAGCAAGCCAAGCAAGGGGCUGCUUGAGUUUUUACGGCUUCACUGUGAAGGUGAAACUCUGGCCGUAGCUGAUUCAAAGCUUGGAGAUGCAAUUAAGGAGAAACUGCAAAUUGACUCUGUGCACAAUAGCAAAAUCAUGGAAUUGAUGAGAGGCUUGAGGAACCAAUUGACGGAGCUCAUAAGUGAUGUAGGUUGUCAAGAUUUGGCUCUAAUGAGUUCCGGUUUAUCUCAGGGUCUUUUAAGAUACAAACUAAAAUUCAGCCCUAAAAAGGUCAUUAGGUUGUUGAAUGUUCUUGAUAAAAAGCUAAACGCUAGGACAAUGAGAGUUCGAGAGUUGUAUGGAUUGCAUUUUCCUGAGCUCACAAAAAUUGUACCAGACAAUAUUUUGUAUGCCAAAUCCGUCAAGUUGAUGGGUGACUGCACAAAUCCUGCAAAGUUAGACUUCUCUGGGAUUCUCCCCGAAGAGGUUGAGGCAGAAUUGAAAGAUGCAGCUAUGACUUCCAUGGGAACCAAAGUCAGUGACCUUGAUCUGGUUAAAAUUAAAAAUCAAUGUGAUCGGGUACUCUCUCUUUCAGAAUACAGAGCUGAGUCGUAUGAUUAUUUGAAGAUAAGGAUGAACACCAUUGCUCCGAACCUCACUGCUCUAGUGGGAGAACUUGUUGCUGCACGACUUAUUGCCCGUUGCGGCAGCUUGUUAAAUCUUGCGAAGCAGCCUGGAAGCACUAUUCAGAUUCUUGGUGCAGAAAAGACUCUCUCUAAGGCUCUGAAAACCCAACACGCGACUCCUAAAUAUGGGCUGAUAUACCAUGCACCAUUGGUUGAUCAGGCAUCACCAAAACACAAAGGUAAAAUUUCAAGGUCUCUUGCAGCCAAAUGUGCUUUGGCAAUUCGAUAUGAUGCUCUUGGAGAAGGCCAAGACUGUACUUUUGGUUUGGAGAAUCGGGCUAAGCUCGAAGCACGGUUGAGAAAUUUAGAAGCACAGGACUUGAGUCCUACGGGAGGAUCUGCUAAUAAGGGGAAGCCUAAGAUAGAGAUUUAUAACAAAGCUCUUAAUAAAUCUUCAGGGGCUUCAAUUACUCCUGCUGCCAAGGUUAACAAUCCUUCAGCGGAUUCUAUUCUUUGGGACUCCGACCUACAGAGAAAGACAGAUGUGGAAGCUUGUGUUGAAAAAACUCCCGCGAAAGAGGAGAAAAAUGAAGCCAUUGUUGCCUAGAAAUAUUUGUAGGCUUUGUUGUUGGGAAUGAUUUGUAGGUUGGUGCUUUUGGAAAACACCCUCUUUUCUUUAGUUAUAACUUAUAAGUACCUUUUAAAAAUUUUACACGAAAAAAGACUUAAUUGAUCUUAUUAAAGUGCAUCUCAGUUUUUUAGCUCCAUUUCUUGCUCUCUUUUUCUUCUUGAAUAAUCACUUAACUGUUUU